UGUAAGGGCGACAGCUCGGCGUUCAAGCGACCUAACAUUGUCAGAAGUUGACUUGCACACGUAUGGGGUUCCGGUAUUUGUGACCCUAGUGAAACUUGGUUAUUUUAGCGGUAAUAACCACACUGACCUUACAAUGAGUGGUGGCAGUGGGUACAAACUGCGGUGUAACCUCCUGGGCCAUUCUAAGGACGUGCGCGCCGUGACCACCAGCCGGGAGGGCCUGGUGGUGACGGCCUCGCGGGACGCCACGGCCAGGCUAUGGGUCCCCCAGGCCACUUCAGGAAAUUCUUUUGAAGCAGAGCAAGUCUACAGUGGACACACUUCCUACGUAACGAGUGUUUGUGUGCUGCCGGGGGAUGCCACACAUCCAGAAGGACUGGUUGCCACAGGCUCUCGGGACACAAACAUCCUAAUAUUUCCCCUCAGGAGCCAACAGGCAGUCCACACAUUAUCUGGCCAUUCAGACACAGUGUCUUGCCUCACUUGGGGAAAUGGAGUGUUGGUGUCUGGCUCAUGGGACCAUUCUGGCAGAAUAUGGAGUAACUGGGAGUGUAGCCAUGUGCUUAAGGGGCAUGAAGGACCUCUGUGGUCUGUAGUGGUGCUGCCAAGUGAGGGCUCUAACUCUCCCAACAUCUUGACAGCUUCAGCGGACAAGACAGUCAAACUAUGGAAGGAAGGAAAAGUAUGCACCACCUACUCUGGCCACAAGGAUUGUGUGCGGGGCUUGGCAGUCGUCAAUGCCACACAGUUUCUUUCUUGCUCAAAUGAUGCCACUGUUAUACGCUGGUCCAUAUCAGGGGAGCUAUUGGCUACUUAUUAUGGCCACACUAAUUUUAUAUAUGGAGUGAGUGUGGUGACACAGGAAGGAGACUUUGUAACAGGUGGAGAGGACCGAACACUGCGAGUGUGGGGGGCUAACGGAGAGUGUGUGCAGACCAUCCACAUGCCAGCCCAGUCUGUGUGGGCGGUGGCUGCCCUUCCUAACUCUGAUAUCGUUUGUGGCUCAAGUGAUGGAACAUGCCGCAUUUUUACCAGAGUUGAAGAGCAACAGGCAAGUCCAGAAGAUCUAAAGGAAUUUGAAGAAAGUGUUGCUAAAUCCACAAUGGCUGUAGGAGACCUUGGAGGCAUAAAGAAAAGUGAACUCCCUGGGAAAGAAGUUCUUUUUGCCCCAGGGAAACGUGAUGGACAAACUGUGAUGGUUCGUGAGGGAGAAAAGAUUAACUGCUAUUCGUGGUCGAGUUCUAGCCAACAGUGGACUGCAGUUGGAGAAGUUGUUGGUGGGACUGGAGGUUCAGCUUCUACUUCAGGUAAAGUCCUGCAUGAAGGUAAGGAAUAUGAUUAUGUCUUCGAUGUGGAACUUGACCAAGGCAAUAUCCUUAAGCUUCCUUACAACACAUGUGAGGAUCCCUACUUUGCUGCUCAGCGCUUCAUUCAUAAACAUGAUCUGCCUCAAGACUUCUUAGAUAGAGUAGCAAACUUCAUCAUGGAAAACACGAAGGGUGUUACCCUUGGGGUUGAACCAAGUGGCCAGCUUGUAGAUCCCUUCACUGGUGCAUCACGAUACCAGCCUGGUGGUUCACAGGGUGCAGGUAGAGGAAGUGAUCCCUUCACUGGAAGUGGGAGAUAUGUUCCUGCUGGUACUUCAAGAGGGACUGGUGGGGCUGACCCCUUUACUGGAACAUCAAGCUACACAACACAGACAGCUGUAAAGCAACUGCAAUCUUCUCAUUUCUUCCCCCAAUUGAUACCUCUCCAAUUUGAGGGUUGCAAUCCUUCAGGAAUUCUUGCAAAGUUAGUUGAAUUCAAUGCCAACAUUGAUAAAGAGAAGCAGUUUGCACCAGAGGUGUUAGAGAAGAUGGUUGAAGCAGUUUCAAAGCCAGCUGAAUCAGAUCCUGCACAGUUAGGUUCCCUAGAAGUAGCUUUGCAGUGGCCAGUUGAGCAUGUAUGGCCAGCCCUUGAUGUACUGAGAUUAGCUUUACUGUCUGAGCAGAUGCAGAAUGCUUGGUUGGUUGAUGGGCGUAGUGAGGCACUGGUUGCUCACUUGAUCUCUUUAGUCAGGCCACCUUCCCCACCCAAUGCUCAGCUGAUGGCCCUGCGUUGCUUUGCUAACUUGGGUGCCUUUCAACCAGGGCGCUCAGUGCUAAUGAAGAUGUGGGAACAAGUUGUUUCUGUCACUGUAGAAAUCUCUCCAUACAAAAAUAAGAAUUUAGAAAUUGCAGCAGCAACUGUACUUCUUAACUACAGUGUUAUUUUAGGCACAAAUGAUAACUUUGACAAAAAAUGUCAGGUUCUAAGUGGUGCUGGGACUGUAGCCAUGUCUGUAAAUGACUCUGAGGCACAGUUUCGUUCUCUCGUGGCUCUUGGAACUCUGCUUUAUAACUGUGGCCAGUGUCGGUCCCUUGCUGGAUCACUGGAUUUGAAACCGGUGGUACAAACCUUGUCAACUGUGACCUCUCCAGCAAAGGUUGGGGAAUGUGCAGGUCACAUACUUCGGCUGCUUUAGCAUUUGUUGUGAAAUAAUGUUUUUGAAUUAGGAAUUUAUGCAGUGGAUAUUUUAUUGGUAUAAUUAAACUUCAUUAUACUUGUAUACUAAAAACUGAAAAAUUUCAUUGAAUUUUCAUAGAUAUGAAAACAUUUUGUAAGUCUGCAUGUAAGUAAUACAAGGACUUCAUAGAUAUGUAUUGAAAUGCUGGAACCUUAAGAAUUAAUUUAUGAACAUGACGUAUUCUUUUCUAACAAGUUUUCACGACGCAUUCAGUUUAGAUAUGCUGUUCCAAUCUGGUAUAAUUUUUCUUCACAACAUCAUGUGAUGUAAUGUACCAACCUGAUUUACUUUAUGACAUGUUGUGAAGAUGUAAUCUAUUGUUAUAUUUGGAAAUCCACAACUUUAACUUAUGCUUUUGGAGAAAGAGGUAUUACAUUUAUAGUAUAUGAGUGGUAUAUGAGACUUGUCUUAGUAUAUGUUUUAUGAGGACAUGUUUUUACAAGAUGCAAAUAAAAUAGUAUGUGCUCU